ACAAUAACUAUAGAGCACCAUGGAAUAUUAUUCUUCACUUGAUGCAUCCCAGUUGGAUUCUGAAAGACCAACUUUAUUUGAAAUAAUAUCUUCAAACCAAUUAGAAGCUUUACUUUCACCUUCAUUACGGUAUAUAUUAGUACACUAUGCGAGCAAAUACCCCAGAUAUUUAUUGAAAAUCAACAACAGAUUUGAUGAAAUAAAUUUGUUCUUUAGGGGUUUUAUUGAAUGGUAUUUCCUCAAGUAUUGGCAAGGAUCGUUCACAGAGAAUUUCUAUGGAUUGAAGCGAGUCAACCAGACUCCAUUGUCACAAGGGGACUAUAAUAGCAAUAAAUUGACCCUGGUUGUUCCUUCGAUGGUUGAAGAGAGAAGACAAUUGACUACGUUACAAAUUCUAGUAUCAAUAUUUGAAGUUACAGGUGUUGCAUACUUAUCUGAAAAAAUGAACUACAGUUACGAAGUUUGGUAUACUAAAUACGUCACCAAUCAAUUGAAUACUCAUGAGUCUAAUACCCGAGAGGAGAACUUUAAGAUUCAAUUGAAGAGGAAAUUUGUGCAAAUUUAUCCAUACCUACAAAGUGCAUACAGAUUAGGUAAUUUCGUAACGAUAUUGUUAUAUUUAAGUGGUUCUACUAAAUCUCCAACCUUGUUGACGUACUUAUUUAGAAUGAACUAUUCUCGAUUAAACCAGUACGAUUACUCAAAGAAUGAUUCUUCGGUGGCCGAAUUAAAUCCCAAGACGCCAUUAAACGAAAUAGCACCACCUACCGGUUUCGAAUGGUUAUUACGUUUCGCCAAUACUAAUAUAUGGGGUCCAGCAUUGAAUUUGAUAAAGUUUAUAUUGGGAACAUUUUUCCCGGGCGCUAUAUUCACUUUAAAAUUCCUUGAAUGGUGGAAUAACUCAGAUUUCUCAUCAAAGCUUGCCAAGAACCAAGGUAAUGUUCUUGAUUUCACCUUGCCUCCACCAUCCACAUUAACAGCAGCACUUUCUGCCUCGAGAAAAGUUGUCCAGGAAAAGAAAAAGAAGGGAAGGAAACCAUAUGUUUCAGGUAAAGAAUGUCCCUUGUGUAAGAAAGAACUUUCCAACCCAGCAAUUAUUGAGACAGGGUAUGUGUUUGAUUAUUCUUGUAUUUAUAAUUACCUCGAAAAAUCACAUAUAAUUGUAUCAAAAAAGGCAGAAUCGAAGAAGAAGGAACUAAAUGAAAAAGAUUAUUCAGAUGAUGAUGAGGAAGAACAACAAGACGAGGAAGCUGAAGAAGUCACCAAAAUUGACAUUAAUAAAGGUGGUAGAUGUCCUAUAACAGGAAAGAAAUUAUUAGGAUGUAGAUGGAAUGCCAUAAGAGAAGAAUGGGAUAUUGAAGGAAUCAGACGACUCAUUUUUUAGUUAGCAAAAAUAGUGUAUCUGUGCAGCAGCCACACCAAACUCCUCCUCCCCCCCCCCCGUGUGUGCGAAAUCACUUUCGACCGCACUGCAACAAUAAAUUUUUCAUCCAGGA